AGUUCGCUGCCACCCCCGCACCGGUGCGGGGAGGGGUGUCCAUGCGAGAGGCCGACCACGCACCGGUGCGGUCUCGCGCCGUAGUAGAUUCAUACACUCAGUUUGGCGCCGGCACUGGGCCAAGAACGUUGUGUUUGAAGCGGCACUGCGCUUGAAAUUUUUGACGGUUGAGUGUUUAUGCAGAAAUAAAUAUCAAGUAAAAUGGAUUGCGAAGAAGGCCCUUCUAGGCCUAAAAGGCAGCGAAAACAAUUGUUUUCUAUUAUGCACGACAGUGAUAUAGAAGAGGUAUUGUUUUCUGAUAAUUCUGAAGACGAUUAUCAGCCUGGUGACGAGGAGUCAGCAUCAGAGAGUGAAGGUGAGGAGCACCCCUUAGAUAUCGAAUUACGCUCUCCAGCACGUCAAUUAGUGUCACCUACAGCUCAGGAUCAAGACCUGCAGCCAAACUCACCAUCUGUAUCAGACACUCAAGGUCAAGCCCAGCUGAACCAACCCUCUGCAGUAGGCUCAACCGCUGAAUGGACUACAACUGGCGAGAUGAGAGAAAUUUAUUUUACAAAAUCAAACGAAUUUUAUGGUGAAAUUGCAGGAGCAAAUCCUAUUGAUUAUUUUAUUUUUUUUUUUACUGAAGAUUUUUUGACGAUGAUUUGUACUGAGACAAAUGCACAGGCACAGAGGUUGAUAAGUAGACAUAAUCAGGAAGUUUCAAGCAGACGAAGUAGAGAUUUUGCCAGGAUUUCUGGAUGGAAACAGGUCACUGUCUGCGAGCUGAAAAUUUUCCUUGGUUUGCUGUUCCACAUGGGAACUAUCCCUCUCAGUCGUUUACAGGAUUACUGGAAAAAAGAUAGGCUGUUUUCAAUUCCAAUUUUUGGGAAACAAAUGAGCAGAAACAGAUUUCUCCUCAUACUGAGAUGUUUGCAUUUUACCUCAGAGGAAGAAAGUGAGGAUCCAAUGUUCAAGGUUAGAAGUGUCAUUGAUUACUUCAACAACAAAAUGACUGAAUGUUAUUAUCCUGCAGCACAAUUAUCUCUGGAUGAAAGUAUGGUGCUAUGGAGAGGGCGACUGAGUUUUCGGCAGUUCAUCAAAAAUAAACGCCACAAAUACGGCAUAAAGUUAUAUAUGCUAACUGAACCAGAUGGAUUGGUAUUGAAGUUCCGUGUUUAUGCAGGUGGAAAAGAUACAGACGUAUCUGGGAAGGGUCACGCUGAGAAAGUUGUCAUGGAGCUGCUUCAGGGAAAACUAAAUAAUGGCCACGAAUUGUACAUGGACAACUUUUAUAAUAGUUUUGGUUUGGCGAAGAAGCUGCUUGAUCACAACACCUAUUGUACGGGCACUCUACGUAAAGACUUGAAAGAAAAUCCUCAGGAAAUCAGGAAAAAAAAUAUUAAGAAAGGAGAAAAUAUCUCAAUGUUUCGUGAAGGAGUGCAUGUUGGCGUGUGGAAAGAUAAACGCGUUGUGACGUAUAUUACUACCCAGUAUAAAGACAGAAUGGUUCCAGUCCAAAAUAAACGUGGCCAAGUUACUCAAAAGCCAGAAGCUAUCUCGAAAUAUAACGAUUACAUGUCAGGAGUAGACAUGCAAGAUCAGCUUCUAGCGUACUAUCCUUGCGAAAGAAAAACUUUACGCUGGUAUCUAAAAUUAGCCAUCCACACAUUCCAAUUACUUUUCUUGAAUUCAAUGAAGAUGUACAAUAAAUAUUCAGGGCAACGUAAAAUGUCUCUCUAUGAUUAUCGCAUGAAUGUCAUAAAUGCUCUGCUGCCCGAAAAUGUACCAGGAAAUAGACCUUCAAAUACCCAAACUCAUAAAAUAAAGAAAGCCACUGAAACUACUUCAAAUGGGCGUCUCAAACGAAAGACAUGCCGUCAGUGCACCAAGAAUAAAAAGCGUACUGACUCUCCUUGGUAUUGUGACACCUGUCCUGACAAACCUGGACUUUGUGUGGAAUGUUUUGAAAAUUACCACUCAGAACUUCCUCUGUAAAUGUGAUAAUUCAUGGUUUUAUAACUUUUUUAAAUAUGACAUUGUUGAUUGAUAAUUUCUGCGUUUUUCUCUGAUUGUUUUUGUUUUAUAAGAUAUUUUAUUCACAUUGAUGCCAAAGUGUAAUGCCAUUUCUAAGUAAAGUUCAAUUAGAAAAUAUUUAUUUGUUUUACUUUUCUCUAAAUUAAUGUUGAUUUUGCAGUUUAUUUCAUUACAAAAAUGCAAGAAGUAUCUAAUAUAAACCACAUUUAAAUAAAUAAAAGCGUAUUAUUCCUAAUUAACCAUAAAAACGUAAUAAAUUCAUAACCCGCACCCGUGCGUUCUUUGGCACUGAGAAUGAAAAUUUCAUUCCCAGUGCCUAGCACGCACCGGUGCGGUGUAGUUGCCCUCCUCAUUUAAAAUACUGUAAAAUAUCAUAAUAUAGAUAAUUAAGUAUAAUUACAAUCUUAUAUAAUCACUUUUAAAGUCGAUCAAACAAAAAAUAUAUUUGGCCUCCCGGUGACCUUCA